AUGCCCGUCUUGUUCCUUCAUCCUCCCUCGCCGCCUCCCUUCCCUUCAGUCCUCGCGGAAGCCGCCGGCAAGACCCGGUCGCAGGCGACAACAGGCGAGGCGAGGGGCAAGGGUGCUAGGGCCAAGGCAGGGGAGGCGAGGGACAAGGCUGUUCCAACCAACAAGCGGGCGGGACAGCUCCGGCUGAAGCGCGGUACUGCAGCUGGUGGUGGUGGUGGUGGUGGUGGUGGUGGGAUGCACAAGGUUGGUGGCGGUGCUGGUGGCUGGCGUGGCGGGCGAGGAGGCAGCGUGAUUGGUGUGGUGGGCGCGCGGAUGAGUGGCGAGCAGAUGGUGGGGUCAGCAGGCAUGGCCAAUGCCACGGGCCGCCUGGAGCUGAAGCUUGUCAAGACGGCCACUGACAUGGACGUGCACUACUCGCUCUCCCUCGCGCACCUCUCCUCGCCCUCCCCUCCCACCGCCGCCUCCAUCCACGCAGGCCGCGCCGCCUCCGCCUCUGCCCUGCUGCUGCUCGCCUUCCCCGCCUCCGCCUGGACCAACACCACCCGCCCCUUCCAUCGCGCCUCCAACGCCACCGCUGCUGCCCCCCCUGCGGCUGCGCGCUUCAGCUACGGCGCCAGGGGCGUGUGGGGCAACGCGUCGUCCCUCUCCGCCGCUGCGGGCGGCUCUGUGGCUGCGGCUGUGAGCACCAUUCUCGCUGCCCCCGCCUCCUUCCACGCUCUCAUCGCCACCUCCGCGUUCCCCCAGGGGGCUGUGCGCGGCCAGAUGGCCAACAUGACCCGCGGAGGGAAGUAG